AUGCCCCGCGGAGGCACGCCCACUGUUGAUGAUGGCGCGUACAAGCGGCCAGCCUUGCUCGCCCAAGUGUUCAAGCUGAAGCGGGAAGAGGCUCAGGCCGACAUCCAGCUGAUCAAGAAACUGAUUCGCGAGAGCAAGGCGGCAGCGGCUGGCUUCGAGUCCGGCAGCAAAAGCCACGGGUCACCACACUAA